AUGAGAUUUGUAAGCUAAUUUUAAUUUUUCUUGCUAUUUUUUCAAUGUUUAUAAGUUUUUUUACUUUUUUGAAAAAAAAAUUUUUUUAAAUUGUUUAUUUGUACAUUUUCAGCUAGAUGAUGACAUGACAGAAGAGUUCUACGGGUAUACUGUAGCUCUGUACAGUUUAGGCCAAAUCAUAAUAUCGCCGUUCUUCGGUUGGUGGAGUAAUAAAAUUAAGCGAGUAGCACCACCAUUGUGUUUCGGACUGUUUUUGAUGUUAAGUGGAAACAUUUGCUAUAUUAUCAUGGAAAUUGUCAGUUUCCCAAAAAGAUUUAUGUUAUUGUUUGUAAGAUUUAUUACUGGUAUGGGUAGUGGUAAUGUGGCAAUUUUGCGAAGUUAUGCUAGUACCGCUUCUACGGCUGAAGAUCGGACUAAAGCGAUUGCAUGGGUCACAUGUGGGCAGGCUUUGGGAUUGACUAGCGGACCUCGUAAGUACUAGUUUUAGUUUUUUUUAGUUUUUAGUUAUGAUAUUUUUAUAUUUCAGUGUUUCAAUAAGUAUUUAAAAAAGUAAAUUUUUUAAACAUGUCAUACUAUUAAUACUUUUUCAGUGUUCCAACUCGUUUUUACCCCACUAGAACAUCCCGGCAUUCGCUUUUUCGACAUGUUCAGCUUUUCCUUAUACACUGCUCCAGCUUACGUUGCUUGUCUUAUCAACAUUACUGGCCUCAUCAUGGUUAAGUUCUUUUUCCAAGAAGACUAUGCCGGUGUUGAAGAAGACAAGUCAGAUGCAGAAUCCGAUUUAGAAGAGGGAAAUGAGAGUAAAACCUUUGUUCCACCAUACGAUGUCAUAGCUGUUUGGAUAUGUUAUGCUACAAGGUUUACCGACAUGUUCGUUCGGACGAAUUUGGAGACUUUGGGAUCACCAUUUGCUAUGAUGAUGUUCAACUUGAACGAAGAGACGGCUGUCAAGUAUAUGAGUAUGGUACAAGGUAUUGUUGGAGUGAUGACCAUGGCAACAUACGCUGCUUACAUUUUUUUGAAGUUGGAAAGAUGGAUUCCAUUGCGAAGUGGUACUGUAAUUGCAUUGGGAGGAAUGGCACUAUUUCACAUUAUAACCUUUGCUUGGCCGUUUUUGCCUUCUAUUACACCAAGUAAAUUUGAAGUUACAUUUGUAGUUUGUAAUAAAAAUAUUUUUAGCCUAUCAAUUUUUUAAAAAUUUUAAAUUGUAAAUUCAGUUUUAUAUUCAAUUUUUAUAUAAGACCUUAUUUUUAUAUUUUAGUCUACAACGGAACAGACAAAGCGAUUGGUUGCAAUGUCGAUCGGUUUUCGUGGUGCGAAAGUCUUGACCAAGUCAAUAUCUGGGUCUUCUUCACAACCUAUGCCAUUAUUAUCGGCCUAACCUUCCCCUAA